AUGAAAAAGAGCUAUCAAUUUAGAGCUCUAUUUUAUAAGAAUGCCUCUAUUCAAUCAAGAUAAAUAGGAACUAAUAUUUGUUAGAUUUUGACACCAUUAAUCUGUUUGGUGCUUGUUUAUAUAAUAUAAGAAAUAAUUUUUGAUAAAUUUUCAGGAUGGACAUUUUAAUUAGAUUUUCCUUAUAUAUUGAAUAUUCCAUUUAUAUAUUCACAAAUACCUAUGUUUAGCAAUGUUUCGUGUCUUUAAUGGUAAUAAAUUGUUGAAAUUAGGUAUUUUUAUGAUGUUUCCAAAUUAAGUCAUAAUGAAUAAAACUUUAUUGGUUGGAAUCAUGGUUAAAUUGGAAAAAACAUGUAAUAUUAAUUAAUAAAUGAUGUUAUUAGGUCAUCUGGACUUUUGUAAAAUAUUCUUUAAAGGCCAGGAUGUAAAUCAAAUAACUAAAGUGAAUUGAGAAAUAUCCCAUUUUUAGAAUAACCUGAAAUAUCUAUAAAUGAAGAUAUUUAUUAAAGAAUAUAAUAUCUCAAUACAUAACCAUUUUAUAGAGGAAGAGAUCUAGAUGAUAUUUGGAUGAUACCAGAUGGAGCAUUUACAUUUCAUAAUGCUAAUGAAGAAUACUUAAAUGUUACAAUUUAAGUGAAUGAUUUACGUAUUCCAGAAUAUCAUAGAGCCAAUGGAAUCACUAAAGUAUUUUUUAAAGUAGCAGAAAAUAAAACUAAUAAUUUGAUGUUAGUAGCAGAAGCUUAGGUUGGAUUAAUUGAUUUAAUUACAAGAGCCUAUUUACAUAAAUUAAAUCCAAAGAUUUGGUUGAUUUCAGGAAUCUAAUAUAUGCCAUUAAUAGGAGAAGAUAGAAAUUUAGUAUAAAAAGCAAUUAAUUUAAUGGGUGCUUUAUUAUUCCCUCUAUCUUUGUCACUAUUAUUACCAGUGUUUCUUUAUUCAAUAGUAUUAGAUAAAGAAGAAAGAUUAUUAUAAAUGAUGAAAAUGAAUGGGAUGAGAAUGGUUGAUUAUUGGAUAGUAUAAUAUUUAUUUAGUUCAAUCCUUACAUUUGUAACUUACAUAUUGUUUUAUUUUGUUGCCAUGUAUGGAAUUGAAAUAUAAGUGUUUAAAUAUACAGAUUCUAAUUUAAUUGUACAAAUUUCUUAACAAUUUAGUUACUAAUAUUAAUUGGAUGGGGAUUAACAUAAAUUUCAUUAUCAUUCUUCUUUUAAGUAUUCUUAAAUAAAUCAAGAACAGCAACUAUCAUAGGAUAUUUAAUUUCUGUAUGGGGUACUAUAAUGGCAUCGACAAUAAAUUUGGCCAUAUAUCCUGAUCCUUUGGAAUUGCCUUGGUAUCUUUAAAUAGUACCAUAGAUAGCAUUUGGUCGAUUGUUCUAUAAUUUAUCAUUUGGUAUAUUAUUAAUUUAUUAAAAUUAGCAUGUGUAUCUUAACAUGGAUGUUAUACAUCAUUAGAACUAAUAAGUCCAGAAAUAUAAGGAUGUUUAUUAUCACUAUAUUAUAAUACUGUUUUUUAUGCAAUAAUGGGAAUUUAUCUUCAUGAAAUUAUACCUUAAGAGUAUGGUGUUGCAUCUGAACCAUGGAUUUGCAAAUUCUUCAAAAAAACUGAAUAUUUAGAAUUUUAUGAAGAAGAUCAAUUAGGAUUAAAUGUUAAUUAAUUAGAAGAAGAUUCAGAUGUAUUGGAAGAGAGAGAGAAAGUUUAUAAAUUAAAAAAUCUUGAAGAUUAUCCAUUAGUUUGUAAGGAUAUAAGGAAAAUGUAUGAAAAUACAGUAGCUGUUAAGAGUUUUAGUUUGUGUGUAGAAAAAGGAGAGAUAUUUGGUUUAUUGGGUCCAAAUGGAGCUGGAAAGACAUCUAUAAUAUCAACUAUUACAGGAUUAUAUGGAUGUUCUGAUGGAACAGCAUUUGUAGGUGGAUAUUCUAUUAAAUAACAAAUGAAAGAAGUUUAAAUGAGAAUUGGAGUUUGCCCUUAAUUUGAUUUAUUAUGGCCUGAAUUAACAGUAGAAGAACAUCUACUCUUUUAUGCAAGAUUGAAAGGAGUUCAUAGAGAAAUGGAGAGAGUAAGAGUUUAAUAGAGUAUGGCUGAAGUGAAAUUAGAACCUUAUUUUAAUUAUUAAACCUAAUAACUUUCAGGAGGAAUGAAAAGACGAUUAUCUAUAGCUAUUGCAUUAGUUGGAGAACCUUUAAUUGUAUUUUUAGAUGAACCAUCUACAGGUUUAGAUCCUGAUAAUCGAAGAUAAUUAUGGGAAAUCAUUUAGUAAUGUAGAGAAAGAAGAGCCAUGGUGUUAACCACACAUUCUAUGGAGGAAGCAGAUGUUUUAUGUAAUAGAAUAGGUAUGAUAAAUAAUCAUUUUAAUAGGUAUAAUGAGUCAAGGUGUUCUUAAGUGUCUUGGAACACCUUAAAGAUUAAAGAAUAUUUAUGGUGGUGGAUAUCAUUUAUCUAUUUAAAUUCAUAGAGACAAAUAUUUAUAAUCUAUUCAUAAUUAAUAAUAGUAUUUUUUGAUUAUUUAAUUAGAUCAUAAUUCUAUAUAAAUAAAGUUAAAGAUUUCAUUAGAGAUAUUCUACCUUAAUCAAUUAUGUUAUCAGAAUUUAAUGGAAAUUUGAUUUAUUAAAUAUCAGAAAAGAGUUGUAAGGUUUCUGAUAUAUUUUGGCAAAUUGAAAAAUAAAAAGAAUAUUUAUAAAUUUCUGGUAAUUCUUUAUUUUUAUUAUUAGAUUGGGGAAUAAGUCAAACUAAUUUGGAAGAUGUGUUUAUGAAAAUAGUAGGUUAAUUUUGA